AAUCGUGCGACCCCCACAGAUGAGCUCCAGAAGGUUUUACAAUGCCCAGCGUUUCUCAGAGCGCAUUUUGCAGCUGCUGACUUGGAGAGCGACGGAGCCGACGUGCGUAAAACACCCGUAAAUGUAGAUCCAGCCACCGGGCCGAGAAGAGAAGAGAGACAGAAGAUACAAGAAGGAAGAAGAGAGUCACCUUUCAUCACAUUGUUCCAACACUCACCGGAGGACUUAACCUGAAAGCUUCGAGAGGAGAGAGAGCAUUUGAUAUUCAGAGCUUGGUCGGACACAAACGAGCCCAAAAGAAACGACUUGAAUCAUGGAGCCUGCUCAUUCAGAGGCGAACAUCAUAGCCAACGGGAAAAGCCACGACCCCGGGGACGACGCGAGUGUGCCAAUGAAGUCAUUUCUCGAGGAGGAUCAAAAUGGCACUCAAACAGUCAGAUUUGAUGACCCUGACGUAGGACUGGAAAAUGAAGAGUUUCUGCCCAGUGCUGAUGGAAAGAAACCCCAGCGCUUCACAGACUUUGAAGGAAAGACCUCCUUUGGCAUGUCCGUCUUCAACCUGGGCAAUGCGAUCAUGGGCAGUGGAAUCCUGGGAUUGGCCUACGCCAUGGCCAACACUGGCAUACUCCUCUUCUUGUUUCUUCUGACUGCAGUAGCAGGGUUGUCAUCUUACUCCAUUCAUCUGAUGCUCAAAGCCUCGGGCAUUGUGGGGAUUCGAGCUUAUGAAGAGCUGGGCUACAGAGCCUUCGGCACUCCUGGAAAAAUGGCCGCUGGUAUUGCAAUUACCCUGCAGAAUAUUGGAGCCAUGUCCAGCUACCUGUACAUCGUCAAAUCGGAGCUACCGCUGGUCAUCCAAACGUUCCUGAAGGCCGACCCCAGCUCUGAUUUGUGGUACAUGAAUGGAAACUACCUGGUGAUCAUGGUCUCUGCCAGUAUCAUCCUACCCCUGGCUUUAAUGAAGCAACUCGGUUACCUUGGCUACACCAGUGGAUUUUCUCUCAGCUGUAUGGUGUUCUUUCUCACUGCGGUUAUCUAUAAGAAGUUUCAGAUUCCCUGCCCGUUCGAGGAGUACUCAGCCAACAGCACUGCUGCCCACCUCACCAUGAACGUCUCUAGCCACGGCCACGAGUACACCAAUGGUGUUGUUCACGCAGACGAUGACGACGCCCACUGCUCCCCACGCAUGUUCACCAUGAACUCACAGACGGCAUACACCAUUCCCAUCCUGGCUUUCGCCUUUGUUUGCCACCCUGAGGUCCUGCCCAUUUACACCGAGCUGCAAAAUCCAACAAAGAAGAGGAUGCAGAAGGUGUCCAACAUCUCCAUCUUAGUCAUGUACACCAUGUACUUUCUAGCAGCUCUCUUUGGCUACCUGACCUUUUAUGACAAAGUGGAGCCAGAACUGCUGCACACCUACAGCCGCAUCGAUCCUUACGACACUUUGAUCCUGUGUGUGCGCGUGGCCGUCCUCACUGCCGUCACCCUCACUGUCCCCAUUGUCUUGUUCCCUGUGCGUAGAGCCAUCCAGCAUAUGAUGUUCCCCACCAAGGCUUUCAACUGGCUGCGUCACACUGCCAUCGCUGUCGUUCUGCUCACCUUGAUCAACAUGCUGGUGAUAUUUGCCCCAAACAUUCUGGGCAUCUUCGGCUUCAUUGGUGCCACGUCGGCUCCAUGCCUCAUUUUCAUCUUCCCCGCCGUUUUCUACAUCCGUAUCGUCCCCAAAGAAGACGAACCCAUGAACUCCGCUCCCAAGAUAAUGGCUUCCUGCUUUGCUGCUCUGGGUGUCCUCUUCAUGGUGAUGAGUCUGAGCUUUAUAAUCACCGACUGGACGAUGGGGAGCAGCCAUGCCGCAGGAGGCCACUAGGGGCUGCUACAGUGUGUGUGUGGGCUCAGCAAACGGGGAUAAAAGAACUGGUCAAUGUAAAAACGAAGCACUAUCACCUCAGUGCGGACACACUAAAGUGCUGGGCAGCACACAGCCGGGGGCUUGUAACAGUAGACAAACGUACAGUAUCGAAUGUGGGUUGGAAUCACAUUGGAUUGACCAAGUUGAAUUAACCCUUUGACACUUAUCCGAACAAAAUCCUCUCACAACAUUGUUCAGUAAUUCAAUUUAACGCAGUGCAAUGGUGAUAAUGUAAUUUAUAUGAAUAAUCAGGAACAAACAGGGUCUAUCAGUUUUUUUUAACCAUCAUCUGUUUGCAUGACAAAGUCCUCGCCCUCGAUGGAGAAAUGGUCCUUUCCUGUUGCUUCCUCUUUAUUUACACACAAACGGCCGCAGCGGGUACUGUCUAGAAGAAAGUUGCUAUGAUUGUGUUUGGGGCUGGAGACAGGAAGGUGUUGAGAUGCACACAACAGAUGAUUAAAUAACUUGCAAGUUAUUUUUUCAGAAAAGUAUUUUUUACAAGAUGCACAAAACAGGACUCUCCCUGAACCAUUAGCACUCUGAACUUUAAUGUAACACAACAAGUGCUUUAAAGCCUUAAAGUGGGGGCGACAUUUUAUUUUCAUGAUCUGUCAAAUCCCAGAUUUCUUCUUCUUAUCAUUAUAAUUAUACAGUUUAAACUUUUAUUUCUAAUUAAUAAAUCAGCAGUAUUUUUAACCAACACAGAUGACUUUCAAUCUUUGGGACAACACAGUAAAAACAGAAAUGUAUAUUUAUUUAGCUUCCGUCAGUGUUUUUAAUUUCAGAUAUUUAACUACUGUAUAUGAUGAAGUUAAUUUUGUUUUAGCUAACAAUACAGUAUAUAGUUAAUGGUAGGGUGUUACAGGCUGACGAUACUUGUUACAAUAUGAAUAGAUUGAUUUGAGAAUCCUUUAUAGAUUUUUUUAGCACAUAUGCCAAACUGUGACAUUAAAUAUGAACCAAGUACAGUUCAAGUUUACCCCGACAGUUCACUUUUCAUUCUAGCUCAUGAGCCUAUUUUAUUUUUUGAUUAUAUUCACCUUUAUAUUUCCCAUUAAGUCCUUAGCCCUACAUUCAGAAUAUGAUAUCCUGAUAAGUGCUUCAUAUUGUGUAUCUACUCGUUCCAAUACAUUGUGAAAAGUUUAUGAUAUAAAAUAUGGUUGUUUUUAAAUCUUUGACCCCACCUUAAAUCAAACUCUGUGGGUUUGUACCAUGCCUGGCCAAGCAACAUGAAUUUAUCAAAAUAAACCCACUGGUGGGUCUAGUAGAGUUCAUCAAGCUAAUUUCUUUUUUUAAUUAACUAUUUUGUUUUGUUUUCACACUUAGACUUGAAGUUAAAGUUUUGCAUGUUGUAAUGUCCAGUCCGUCCUCUAGUUGAUACAGUGAGCUACACAGUGAGAGAUUUUCCGUCCCAUGUUGUUAUAGUUGUUAUUUUAAUACUGUACAAUUGGCAUCUUAAAGUGAAGUGGAUUGGAGUCCCAAUCUGUGCUAGAGUUACCAUAGUGUUAUAUUAGUCUUUUGAAGCCCUUCUUAAAUGUAAUGUUUAAACAUUACUGUUGUGAUGUUCAGUCAGCGAUGACACUUUCAAUUCAAGGUGGAUUUAGGGAUGUGGAAGAUCACUUCCAGACGGACAAAUUGGGGGUUCACUUUUUACAGAAUACCUAUUAUAGAAUGGAAAUAUUUAUAUACACAAAUGAAUAUGUUAACAAAACAAUGCAACAUUUUGAGCUUUUGAACACCGAGAAAUGACAAAUACUUGGUGCUUGUAGCCAAAGAUGGUUUUAUAUUGUAACACGCGGCUCUCAAGCUUCAGAAAAGUCCAGUGUAAAUCAUCGCUUCUCUCGUUUUAUUUAUGUAUCCUUCUAUGAUUUUUGUUGUGUUUGUUUAAGGAUUUCUGAUUCCCGAUCGAGGUAUUUUUUAACGGACAAGUUUUGAUCAACAGCAGGAGAAAUAUUUAGUGAACGUAUCAACCUCGGUCCCCGCUUUUCCAUGUGUAUUUUCCGUGGCUGCUGUGGUGUAAGCUACAUGAAGGGUUACUUUUGUCAUGUUAAGUGAUUUCUUCACUGUAGGUGAUCAUGCCAAAAUAACAACUGACUACCUACUGCUUUGAAAUGCCUUUAACUUUGGAACAGGUCCCACAGUUUAAAUAACAGACACUAUAUCAAAUAUGCAUUUUUCCUGUAAUAAAAUCUCUGUGCUAUUUUAUUAUAGUCUAACUGUUAUUUGAGAUGUAAAUUCAUGAAAUGACAAAACUAUAAGUAAAUACUAAAAUAUAUGGAAUUCUGGUGAAUAAGAUGUGGCUUGAUAUGAAUGAUGUACAUACAUCUAAACCUUUUAUAUUUGUGAUGCAUAUUUACAGUAGCUUGUAAAGUGUAAAUAGAAGGGACAGUUUUAGUUUGGCAAUAAAAUAAUUGUAGAUGUUUUAA